CAAACCUGCUUGGCAAAGGCUCAAGCUGCAUAACAGAAGUGCAGCCCACUCUUCUCCCCCCUUGUAAUUCCUCUGGAGAUCCAAACCAGGAUUUGGAACACACCCGGAUAUGGUCAAAGAACCAUCCCAGGUUUUGUGCCAAACCAGGCCCCGGAACAGGACGUUCCAGUAGUUUUAGUUUCAGGGAAAGAGGGCACCCAGCACCGGCCCCACCCCCACCCGGUCACUCCAGUAACCCUGCCAGACGGGAGUCCAGGAGGAUUUAAUUCAUGAGCAAGUCCCUGUAACUCAGGAUACUGACUCUGCACACAGGGCUGACAGGCGCAGGCCAGAGUCUGCAGUUCAGCACAGUGGGCCGCUGACGCAUAUGGAAUGAAAGGUUUUCUCUGGCAAAGAUUCCAUUUGCCUGUUUCUCAGAGCUAUGGGGGGCAUGGAGCCAGUUCACUUCCUCUGGGCACUGGUAUUCAUGCAAUCUUUGUGGCCUCUACUGACUGAUGGGGCAACUCGAGCUUACUACCUGGGCAUCCGGGACGUGUACUGGAACUACGCUCCCAAGGGAAGGAAUGUCAUCACAAACCAGCCUCUGGAAAGUGACACAGUGGCUUCCAGCUUUCUGAAGUCUGACAAGAACCGGAUAGGAAGCAGCUAUAAGAAGACCAUUUAUAAGGAAUACAGAGACAACACAUAUACUGAAGAAGUGGCCCAGCCUGCAUGGUUGGGCUUCCUGGGGCCUGUGUUACAGGCCGAGGUGGGGGAUGUCAUCCUUGUUCAUCUGAAAAAUUUUGCUAAUCGUCCCUAUACCAUUCACCCUCAUGGUGUUUUCUAUGAGAAGGAUUCAGAAGGAUCCUUAUACCCAGAUGGCUCUUCUGGAUGCUUGAAAGCUGAUGAUUCUGUUCCCCCGGGAGGCAUCCAUAUCUACAAUUGGACUAUUCCAGAAGGCCAUGCACCCACUAAUGCUGAUCCAGCAUGCCUCACCUGGAUCUACCAUUCUCAUGUAGAUGCUCCACGAGACAUUGCCACUGGCCUCAUUGGACCCCUCAUCACCUGUAAAAGAGGAACUCUGAAUGGAAACUCUCCUCCUCGGCGGCAAGAUGUGGACCACAGUUUUUUUCUGCUUUUCAGUGUGGUAGAUGAGAACCUUAGCUGGCACCUUGAUGAGAACAUAAUUACUUACUGCACAGAUCCUGCCUCAGUGGACAAAGAAGAUGAAGCCUUUCAGGAAAGCAACAGGAUGCAUGCAGUCAAUGGCUUUGUCUUUGGGAACUUACCAGAGCUGAAUAUGUGUUCACAGAAGCAUGUAGCAUGGCACUUGUUUGGAAUGGGCAAUGAAGUGGAUGUCCACACAGCUUUUUUCCAUGGACAGAUCCUGACUACUCGUGGACACCGCACAGAUGUGGCCCACAUCUUUCCAGCCACCUUUGUGACAGCUGAGAUGGUGCCUCAGGAGCCUGGCACUUGGCUUAUUAGCUGUCAAGUGAACAGUCACUUUCAAAAUGGAAUGCAGGCCCUCUACAAAGUCAAGUCUUGCUCUACAGGCCCUCCCGUGGGCCACAUCACAGGCAAAGUUCGAAAGUACUUCAUUCAGGCUAACGAGAUUCAAUGGGACUAUGGCCCUAUAGGGCGUGAUGGAAGUACUGGGAAGAGUUUGAGAGAGCCAGGAAGUGGCUCAGAUAAAUUCUUCCAGAAGAACUCUACCCGGAUUGGAGGUAGUUACUGGAAAGUUCACUAUGAAGCUUUCAAGGAUGGAUCAUUCACUGACAAGGUACAGCUAGAAGAAGACAAACAUCUCGGAAUCCUGGGGCCAGUGAUCCGGGCUGAGGUGGGUGACACCAUCCAGGUGGAUUUCCGCAACCGAGCCUCACAGCCAUUCAGUUUACAGCCCCAUGGAGUCUUUUAUACAAAAGACCACGAAGGCACGAUAUACAAUAAUGGCUCAUCCCCCUCAGGCUUGGUGGCCAAGCCCUUUGAGAGAGUAAUAUACAACUGGACAGUUCCCCCUCAUGUUGGUCCCACUGCUCAGGAUCCUGCCUGUCUCACCUGGAUGUACUUCUCAGCUGUGGAUCCUAUAAGAGAUACAAAUUCUGGCCUGGUGGGCCCCCUGCUGGUGUGCAAGGCUGGCGCUUUGGGUGCAGAUGGAAAGCAGAAAGGUGUGGAUAGAGAAUUCUUUCUUCUCUUCACUGUGCUGGAUGAGAAUGAGAGCUGGUACAACAUUAUCAAUCAAGAGGCUGCUAUGUUGGAUUCCUCAUUGCUCUCAUCGGAUGUCAAAGGCUUCCAGUAUUCCAAUCGGAUGCAUGCCAUUAAUGGGUUUCUGUUCUCUAACCUGCCCAGGCUGGACAUGUGCAAGGGUGACACGGUGGCCUGGCACCUGCUUGGCCUGGGCACGGAGACUGACGUGCACGGGGUCAUGUUCCAAGGCAACACUGUGCAACUUCAGGGCAUGAGGAAAGGAGCAGCCAUGCUCUUUCCUCACUCCUUUGUCACAGCCAUCAUGCAGCCUGACAACCCUGGGACAUUUGAGAUUUACUGCCAGUCAGGCAACCACAGAGAAGCAGGGAUGAGGGCAAUCUAUAAUGUCUCUCAGUGUUCUGGCCAUCAAGACAGCCCUCGCCAACGCUACCAAGUUUCAAGAGUCUACUACAUCAUGGCAGAAGAGGUGGAGUGGGACUAUUGCCCUGACAGGACCUGGGAACUGGAAUGGCACAACCAGUCUGAGAAGGACAGUUAUGGCCACGUUUUCCUGAGCAAUAAGGAUGGGCUCCUAGGUUCCAAAUAUAAGAAAGCUGUCUUUCGGGAAUACACUGAUGGUGCAUUCAGGAAACCUCGGCCAAGGUCUGGAGCAGAGGAGCACUUGGGAAUAAUGGGUCCAAUUAUCAGAGGAGAAGUUGGUGACAUCCUGACUGUGGUAUUCAAGAACAAUGCCAGUCGUCCUUACUCUGUGCAUGCCCAUGGAGUUCUAGAAUCUGAUACUGGCAGGCUACGAGCUGCUGAACCUGGUGAGUAGGGGUUAUUUACCAAUGGAACAG